GAGGGCCUGUCCAGGAGGCGAGGAGAGGGCCUGUCCAGGAGGCGAGGAGAGGGCCUGUCCAGGAGGCGAGGAGAGGGCCUAUACAUGAGUCCAGAAGAAGCCCUGAUCGUCAUGGGAGAGCCAGCCCCAUGGGCUUCCAAGAUAGAGGUAGUCCCACAGAGCCUAGGGCCAGAAACAGUGCAUUCCGUGGGGAGAGGGGGGCCCCAGCCCAGGGUGGCAAGAGACAGAUGGGGCCCUCCAUGAACCAGCCCCGGCCUCUCCUUCAGGGAAUGCAGGGGAACCAACCCCGGGAUGCCAACCCCCAGCACUCCCCUCCAGAGCACCAGGAGUACCAACCCAGGGGAGGCGUCUGGGACAUGGAGCCCAGAGAGGAGGCACCCGGUUGGGCAGAGGUGAGCGACAUGGAGCCCCGCUGGGAGAAGGACCGGGGACCAGGGCCGCGAGGAGGCCGGCCGCCAGCACARGGCAGGAUGGAUCCUAGGAAACCUCAGCAUAGAGAUCUCAACCCCAACUGGAACCAACAGCAGAACGAUAUGGCAAUGCCUCGCAUGGGCGCCGGCGAGAAAGAGACGCUCACCAUCAAGGUGGACAUGAACCGGCCUGUGGGCCAGAACAGCCAGCUGUGCUACUCCUCAGACCGUCAGCUGUCGCUGGAUCUGGUCAACGUGGGCCGCCAGCGCCUAGACUUCCUUCCCAUGCUAGAGCAUUCUGGGACUUACCUGGAGUCCGCAAUGCACUCUGGGACUUUCGCCCAGGAGAUCAUCACCCUGGUGCACCAGGUCAAAGAGCAUUACUUUAGGGGUGAUGGUGUGAUGCUGAACGAGCGUUUCUCUGGCCCCCAAGAUGGAGGUCUGCCUGAGGAGGAGGAGCAGGAGGAAGAAGGACCAACUCUGAACAGGCUGUUCAACAUGAGUAUGUCAGAACCUGAUAUGGAACCUGUCUUCUCUAAAGUUGGCCGCAUGCAGAGGCAGCAGCAGGCAGUGAGAGAUCCCGGAGACCUGAGACAUGACCUGGAGAGGAGGAGACAGGAGAGGCUGGAGGGAGUGAAGGUCACCAUACCUGGAGGCAGGCUCUCACAGCACCCCCUGGCUGCCGGGAGUGACCAUCAGGGGGGGUAUGGUAGAGAGGAAGACGAGGAACAGGAGGGCUUUCCAGGCUCGUCAGGCCCACCACGGAGAGGGAGGAGGUGGCCUGGAGACAUGGGGGGUCAGAGGAGAGGGGGCAUGAUUAGACAAGACAUGGGAGACCAGCAAAGGAACAACUGGCCUCCUAAUAGCCCUUGCAACCGGCCUGGACCAACGAGACAACAGAACCACAAUAUUAACGGUGCCAACUGGUGAAUUGAAGCUUGGAGCAAUCCAAAUGAAGUCAGUGGUUAUGUGAGGUCAGCCCGGAGGUUAACUGUUGAUAGGCUGUAUAUAUUAUAGAUCACACUGCUGCAGACUGACCACAGCCUGAACCACGACCACCUGACCUACUGACACUCUGUACCACGCUGUCAAUGUAAAGCCCAUGCAAUGUAGCUGCUCUCCUGACAGAGAGAGUAAUGUGCUGGGGAAGUAAGAUGGCCAACUGAUAUUUAAAGAUGCACUAUGCAUAAAUCGUUCCACCAUUUCCUGGUUGCAAAAUUUCAAAAGGUUUGCCUAAUUUCAGUUUGUUACAAAACGAGCAGGUAUAGUGUAGAGCAGGGGUAGGUAACCGUGCUCCUGGAGCCCCGCUGGUACUGCAGGAUUUUGUUCCGUCUAGGCACCACACCUGACCAACUGACAGGGCCGGCGGCAGAACUAAUCAGUUGGACCGGCCUUUGAUAUCCAUAGGCGGGCAUGUUUUUUCCCGGGACCACCUAUGUGUGCACCCGCUUGCAUGUUCAAAUUGUAAUAGUAAAGACCAUAGGCAGCUGGUGAGUUUCAAGUUUGUGGAUGCUUCCAUUUUACCCUAGCAUUUCUACCGUUCUUAGUGCCAGUUAUGAUAAUUUUUUUAUAUGCACAUUUUUGUGCAACAGUUUCAUUUCAAUAAUAAGAUUUUAUUUUCUCAAUCAUUGUCACGUGGUUAAUCAUAAAAAUCUGAAAUAAAAUGAUAAAAAUGUCAAAGUUAAAAUUCAACUGAGGUGAGAGCAGCAGCCUCUGCCAUAUGAACACAUUGAUACACUGUGAUCCAUUGGCGGCUAAAGAAAUGAGCUCAUAGAACUCCGAGAUAGCCUAUAGGCCAAUGUAGCAGUAGGCCUAUCCAUCUCAACUAAGUAAAGCUGACAAAUAAAAACAGUAGAAAAUAACCUGAUAAAUUCUGGUUCUUUCAAUCACAAUCAUCUCUCUUCUCCACCUGUCUGCCUCCCUUUCUAUCUGUCUUGACUUGAGCUAUUGCUAGUGAAGUGCAACAUUGUAUCAACUAGCCUAUUCCGGGCCCUCAAGAGUUUCCCACGCCAGUGAGCUCUAGACAGACCCAUCAGAUCAUGAUAUUUUGCUCUUUCACACCGAGGCGUGGUGAUUAUCGAGGCCGGGAGUGUUGGAAAGAUUUUUCUAAUACUUAGGAACUAUCAUUCGCAAUGGAUGUUAAAAAAACAGACUUCGUUGGCUUGUGUGAGGCAAAUAAAAAAUGACUGAGAAACUGCU